AUGGCGACUCUUUCUUCGUCUCUACUACCUUAUUCUCCUCUAUCCAAAUCCCGAUUUUCGCCAACAACUCUCGUUUCGGGAAUUGAUUUCGUCUCUUUCUCUCCUCGAACGACUCUCUCCUCAUCCACAAUCUCCGUUAUCUCGCCGGCGAUUCUUUCCCUUUCCGUCAAGCAGAACCGCCAUCGAAACUCGCUCCAAGUGAAAUCAGUAGCUAGCCCAGCGGAGACAGUGUCAGAGUUCGAUGAGAUGGUCUCCGGCACGAAACGAAAGUAUUACAUGCUCGGCGGUAAAGGAGGAGUGGGCAAAACUAGCUGCGCUGCUUCUUUAGCUGUGAGAUUCGCCAACAAUGGACACCCAACUCUCGUUGUAUCCACAGACCCAGCUCAUUCCUUGAGCGAUUCUUUUGCUCAGGACUUGACUGGAGGAAUGCUUGUGCCUGUUGAAGGACCUGAAUCUCCUUUAUUUGCACUCGAAAUAAACCCUGAGAAUGCUAGGGAAGAGUUUCGUAGUGCGUCGCAGAUGAAUGGAGGAACUGGGGUCAAAGAUUUUAUGGAUGGCAUGGGACUUGGGAUGUUUGUUGAACAGUUGGGGGAGCUUAAACUUGGAGAAUUGCUAGAUACACCGCCUCCUGGAUUGGAUGAAGCCAUUGCUAUCUCUAAGGUCAUUCAGUUUUUGGAAUCACCCGAGUAUAGUAUGUUCACUAGAAUCGUGUUUGAUACUGCACCGACGGGUCAUACGCUAAGGCUACUCUCUUUACCUGACUUCUUGGACGCAUCCAUUGGUAAAAUCUUGAAGCUGAGGAAGAAAAUAACGUCGGCUACUUCAGCAAUCAAGUCAGUCUUUGGGAAAGAAGAAAACAGUCCUGAUGCUGCUGACAAAUUGGAACGACUAAGAGAGAGGAUGGUUAAAGUUCGCGAGCUUUUUCGUGACACAGAGUCGACAGAAUUCGUCAUUGUCACUAUCCCAACGGUAAUGGCUGUGAGCGAGUCUUCUAGGUUAAGUGCUUCCUUGAAGAAGGAGAGUGUCCCCGUCAAAAGACUCGUUGUUAAUCAGAUUCUCCCGCCAUCCUCCUCGGACUGCAAAUUUUGUUCCAUUAAGAGAAAGGACCAAAUGCGUGCUCUUGAUAUGAUCCGGGAGGAUUCAGAACUCUCUGGUCUGACAUUAAUGGAGGCUCCUCUGGUUGAUAUGGAGAUCAGAGGUGUCCCUGCUCUGCGCUUCUUGGGCGAUAUCAUUUGGAAAUAA